CUAUGGUCACUCUCUCUUAGAGUUUGUACAAGUUGGGAAAAGGCAGGUAAUACUAAUAUGUUAUCACAUCAGUCCGCUAUUUAAAAUUCAGUACAUAUUAUCACUAUAUUUACACACAAAAUGUUUCGAAGUGGUACUUGACAUCGAUGUCAGUGUUGCCAAACUGAUGAAGUGUAAAAAUGGCAGGGAACAGGUGGGCCGCAGCAUCACAUUGUCACCCCAGAAGAAUUUCGGUGCCCACCCUUCCAGCUGCUCGCAUUGGUGCACCUGUUCACCUGUCUGUCCACAUAACGGAAUCGAUGCCCUCCUCCACGAGCACUUUGCGCCUGCGCUAUGUCUUCUACCGCAGGCAGGGGGCGUCAACAUGGCGGAGUGAACGGUGUUGGCUUCAGAACAACGGCAGACGCACUGCCACUUGGCGACCUAUCUCGUAGCUUGUAAUUUUUAUAAUACUAGUGUUUCUUUAUGUGCUUGUCCGGUUGUGAAAAAUAAAAUUUAAACUCCACAAGGUUCGGUUAUUAGGAUUGAAAAGACCCAUAAACGGAAUUAAUUUGAUUUUUUUAUUCCAGAAUAUUCUCUCCCUUUCUUUUCUUGUUUCACUGCAGCUUAUGGUCCUGUCUUUAGCUCCUGUCUGGUUGAUGCCCAGUUCGGCCAGUGACUGAAGCAAGUAGCGGCGGUGGCAGUGGCCGGGUCGCGGUUUGGCUGGCAGACAUGGCGAGCGAGAAGUUGGUAUUGGCACCGGUACCAGAACGGGAGCAGCAGGUAGUGGUUGGUCCCGGAGGAGCUACCUCUGCUGUGUCCGUUGGAGGAUUGGGGGAGGUGAUGGUGUCCAGCUCGGGGUCUAUGGUUUUACCCACCGGGAUGAUUAACCCGUCGGUUCCGAUUCGGAAUAUUAGGAUGAAAUUCGCUGUAUUAAUAGGAUUAAUCCAGGUUGGAGAAGUCAGUAACCGAGACAUCGUCGAGACAGUCCUCAACCUGCUUGUUGGUGGAGAGUUUGAUUUAGAGACUAACUUUAUAAUCCAGGAUGCUGAGAGUUUAACAUGCAUGGUGGAACUUCUGGAACACUGUGAUGUCACUUGUCAAGCUGAGAUCUGGAGCAUGUUUACUGCCAUUCUUCGAAAGAGUGUACGUAACCUACAAACAAGUACAGAAGUUGGCCUUAUUGAGCAAGUGCUUUCGAGGAUGGGCACUGUUGAUGACAUGAUUGCAGAUCUUCUCGUUGACAUGCUGGGGGUUCUUGCCAGCUACAGCAUUACUGUCAAGGAGUUAAAGCUACUGUUCAGCAUGCUGAGAGGAGAAAAUGGAAUCUGGCCGAGGCAUGCAGUUAAAUUGCUGUCGGUCUUGAAUCAGAUGCCACAGAGGCAUGGCCCAGAUACUUUCUUCAACUUCCCUGGACGCAGUGCAGCAGCUAUUGCAUUGCCUCCAAUUGCCAAGUGGCCUUAUCAAAAUGGUUUUACCUUUAACACUUGGUUCCGUAUGGAUCCUUUAAAUAAUAUCAAUGUAGACAAAGACAAGCCUUAUCUUUAUUGUUUUCGCACUAGCAAAGGAGUUGGGUAUUCAGCUCAUUUUGUUGGCAACUGUUUGAUAGUAACGUCGCUGAAGUCUAAGGGCAAAGGUUUUCAGCACUGUGUGAAAUAUGAUUUUCAACCAAGAAAGUGGUAUAUGAUUAGCAUUGUACACAUCUACAAUCGAUGGAGAAAUAGUGAAAUUAGAUGCUAUGUCAAUGGACAGUUGGUGUCUUACGGUGACAUGGCAUGGCAUGUUAACACCAAUGAUAGUUACGACAAGUGUUUUCUGGGAUCAUCGGAAACAGCAGAUGCAAAUAGAGUGUUCUGUGGCCAGCUUGGAGCUGUUUAUGUAUUUAGCGAUGCACUUAAUCCAGCCCAGAUAUUUGCAAUACAUCAGUUAGGGCCUGGAUACAAGGUGGCCUGUCACUCCAUCAAAUGUGGUUAUGAUGCAGGUGAAGCUUCCUCUAGAGCUGCUACUUUUGGCUAUGUUAUGGGACGGUGUUCCUGGCUUCGUCUCCAGGCCUUACCUGAUGAAAUUAAGGCCAAACUCCUUGAUUCUUCUUUGGACAAUCAGAAUCUCUGUAGUACAACUGCUGCUGACUUGUUUAAAACUCAGCAAGACAAAGGCAAAGUGAUGCAGGAUCUUAAACAAAUAUGUAUUUCUCACAUACCCAAGUUUAAGAAAAGCUAUCCUAAGUCUGCCUUUGUCACUUCAACUAGAACAGACAGUAAGGAGGAGCGAGAGGUUGCAGAACCGGAAGGCACAGUCAAACGGUGGGGGGACUACCACCCCCACCGUCCAGCCACCGGUUUUUCACCAGCCACCGGUUUUUCACGAUGCCACCAGGCAGGGAGCCAUCCCCAAGUCACGCAACAAUUACUAUCAACAGAACAAAAGGAACUACCAGAGACCCAGACAACAAAGACUGUAACUGUGACUCCUGUCAGCACUUUCCCUUCUAACACCCGAGAAGGGAUUACAGUUACCGGUAAUGCUGACAUGGAACACUAUGGCUUCAUUGGAGUAGAUCAUCCACUAAUUACAGGACUGUACAAUAUUAAUAGCAUUGAUGAGACACAAGAGGUAGAUUUUGUACACAUGAGGAAACCUGUUAUGACUACUAACUGUUUAGGUGACUUCAAUAUAUAUAACUUCUCGUCUGUACCUAUUCCUAAAGAACUAGCUGACCUUCUAGCUAAAGGUCACACCUAUGUACCGCAGCAUAAAUCAGAUUUGGUUGACAAUAUUCUUGCUAUUAAAAUGUACAGUCGUAAACUUAAUUUUAACUUAAUGUUUGGAAGUAACACCAACAGUGCUACUAGUAAUCCAUACAGGGUACCUAGUACCUUCAAUCCACCCCUUCUCCCUAUCAUUCAGUGUUUUGAAAAUAUGUGUGAACUGGAUCUUAGACAGAAUUAUAAAUUACUGCCCCAACAUGAAAAGACAAAUGUUCUUAAAAAGGAACAGGAACUACUCGAGUUUGUUAAGAUGUACAGUUUACGCAUUUGUAAACCAGAUAAGGGAGGGGGGGCUGUUGUGUUUGACAAGGUGGAUUAUUUCGACCGUAUGCUUAAUUUGUUAGACAAUGACUCUUACGCUUUGAGUUCAAGAUCUGAAAUUAACAAAGCUUAUUCUACCAUUAAAAAUAGUCUUAAUGAAAUGUUCCUUGAGGGUCGACUCCAACAAGAACAGUUCAAGGCCAACAACCUUUAUUUUAACCUGCGUUGUAGAUCCACAUGUAAUACUCGCAUGGUGGUUUACAUCGCACAGUGUCAAAAAUGCGAAGGGUUCUAUGUGGGUAAAACUGAGCGCAGGUUACGAGAAAGGAUCUAUGAGCAUCAAUAUGCUAUAAGUAUAGUGCAGAAUGACAUUGGUCUUCAUUAUGAAUUUCUUUGUAAAUAUCGUGAGCUUGAAAACAAACUUUAUAAAUUCAAAUGGCUGCAAUGGCAGCAUUUUCACUUGGAAGCUCUCUUGCAGCACAAUAUAGCCCCAAGAGGGCUACGUGUAUUGACAAUGCCUAGUUAUGGCCGGAUGUACCCAGUGCUUUUAAGACGCUGGCAAUUACUCAGUUUAGAAUGUAGUGCAAAGUAUAUGCAACUACUUAUUGAGUUUUUCCGACCAUCUGAGAAUAAGUUGCAGAAUGAGAUUAACAUGCUACAAAAUGAGAUCUGCGACACAUACCCGAUAGAGGUCAUAGGAGAUAGAAUGGAAUCUCUCUAUGAAGCUAUUAAUGGUUAUGAGAAGAGACUCUCUGUAACUAAGACAUGUAAAUUCCAGAGAAAUCUCUUUGAUUUCCGAAACGGGAAUGUCUUUUCUUGGGCUAGGGACAGACAGCAACAAGCCUCUAUGCAACAUGAAACAACAACUAGACGCUAUGGGUAUGCGAGAGGAGGUGUGACAGGUGAUUCAGCCCCUCCCCACUUGACUUCGUCUUUAUUGGAGAGCAAUGCUGACAACAGAACUUUAAACUUACCCACGAGUACGGGAAUUCAGAUGGAGGUUAAUACAGUGAAUACAGACACUACCUCACAUGAGCGAGAGGAUGUGAAAGCCACAGUGACACACUCAAUACAUAGUGCUAUCCAUUCAAUUGGUGGAAUUCAGGUUCUUUUUCCUCUAUUUGCCCAAUUAGACAAUCGCCAACUAAGUGACAAUCAAGUAGAGACCACUGUGUGUGCUACUCUUUUAGCUUUUCUGGUGGAGCUCCUCAAGAGUUCUGUGGCUAUGCAAGAGCAGAUGCUGGGUGGAAAAGGCUUUUUAGUAAUUGGUUACCUGCUUGAAAAGUCAUCCAGAGUACACAUAACAAGAGCAGUUCUGGAGCAGUUUUUGUCCUUUGCAAAGUACUUGGAUGGCCUUUCUCAUGGAGCACCUUUAUUGAAGCAGCUGUGUGACCACAUCCUUUUCAACCCUGCUAUUUGGAUACACACUCCUGCAAAGGUCCAGCUUUCACUGUACACGUACUUGUCAGCAGAGUUCAUUGGCACUGCCACAAUUUACAAUACCAUUCGUAGAGUGGGAACUGUAUUGCAGCUAAUGCACACACUUAAAUACUACUACUGGGUAGUUAAUCCUGCGGACACCAGCGGCAUUGCCCCCAAAGGUCUAGAUGGUCCACGUCCAUCACAGAAAGAAAUAAUAUCAUUGCGGGCAUUUAUGCUUCUGUUUUUGAAACAACUUAUAUUAAAGGAUCGUGGGGUUAAAGAAGAUGAACUACAGAGUAUUUUAAACUACCUAUUAACAAUGCAUGAGGAUGAAAAUAUUCAUGAUGUUCUGCAGCUUCUAGUGGCCUUAAUGUCAGAGCACCCAGCAUCAAUGAUUCCGGCUUUUGAUCAGAGGAAUGGAAUACGGGUUAUCUACAAAUUGUUAGCUUCAAAGAGUGAAAGUAUUCAAGUACAAGCACUGAAAGUGUUGGGUUACUUCCUAAAGCAUUUGGGCCACAAGCGGAAAGUUGAAAUCAUGCACACGCAUAGCCUAUUCACCUUGCUUGGAGAAAGAUUGAUGCUUCAUACAAAUACUUUGACUGUGACAACCUAUAACACUUUAUAUGAGAUUUUGACUGAACAGGUUUGCACUCAAGUUGUUCAUAAGCCUCACCCCGAACCAGACUCUACAGUGAAAAUUCAGAACCCAAUGAUACUCAAAGUGGUAGCUACAUUACUGAAAAGCUCAGCACCGAGCUCAGAGCUGAUGGAAGUCAGGAGAUUGUUUCUGUCGGACAUGAUUAAACUCUUCAGCAACAGUCGAGAAAACAGGAGAUGUUUAUUGCAGUGUUCAGUCUGGCAGGAUUGGAUGUUUUCUCUUGGGUACAUCAAUCCCAAGAACUCAGAGGAGCAGAAAAUUACUGAAAUGGUUUAUAAUAUUUUUCGAAUACUACUUUACCAUGCAAUAAAGUAUGAGUGGGGAGGCUGGAGAGUCUGGGUGGAUACACUUUCUAUAGCCCAUUCAAAGGUAACAUAUGAAGCCCAUAAAGAGUACCUUGCAAAAAUGUAUGAGGAGUAUCAGCGACAGGAGGAGGAAAACAUUAAAAAAGGUAAAAAGGGAAAUGUCAGCACAAUCUCGGGCCUCUCCUCUCAACCUGUUGGAGCUAAAGGUGUAAUAGAAAUCAGAGAGGUUGAGGACUGUUCACAGACACAAAGUCCAGAAAGUGAAACCGACUAUCCCAUAAGCCCAGACCCUAGAAACCUCCUUACAGAAACCAAAGUGCCAAAUGAUGCUCUCCGAUCUGACAGGCAGGUUGGUGGAGUACGUGUGGAGGUCCAUGACCUUUUGGUGGACAUCAAAGCUGAAAAGGUGGAAGCAACUGAAGUAAAGCUUGAUGAUAUGGAUUUAUCCCCUGAGACAGUGGUGUGUAGGACAAAUGGUACUUUAGUGGAGGUAGACUCGUUGUUAGACAAUGUAUAUAGUGCUGCAAUAGAAAAGCAUCAAAAUAAUGUUCAUAAUGGUGACAUAUUUAAAGAUUGUAAAGAAAAGGAUAGUGGACCUCUGAUAACAUUAGCAGAUGAGAAAGAAGAAAUACCUAUUUCUAGUACCUCAUUUCUGUUUGAAAAGGUAACCGAGCAAGAGAAAAAACUGCUGCCUGAACUCUCUAGUAGUAAUAGCAUUAAUCUUGUAAAUAUGCCUGAAACACAAAUGCACAGUAGUGUCACUGAUGACUUAGGCCUUCUUGCACAUAUGACUGGUAGUUCUGACCUCACGUCCACACACAGUAUUUUGGAGGACAAGGAGUUUAAGCUGCAGACGACACUGGAUGAAAUUGGAAGCAUUUCUGAAAGAGAGAGAGACAUCAUUCCAUCUUCCAAACUGGCAGAAUAUGUGGAGGUAACGAGUGCAACCCUUGACCUGGAGUCAACCAUUGCCAAAGCUGUUAGUACUGUAGAGAUAGCUAGUACAAUGUCAGACACAGAACGAUCUGAUGAUGGCAAAGAAACAGGGAAGGAGAUGAAAAAAAUUCAAACAACAGCAACAACACAGGCUGUUCAGGGUCGAACAACUCAACAGCAAGAGCGUGACUUGAGGGUUGACUUGGGAUUCAGAGGAAUGCCUAUGACAGAAGAACAGAGACGUCAAUUUAGUCCAGGUCCUCGCACCACCAUGUUCCGUAUUCCUGAGUUUAAAUGGUCCCCCAUGCACCAGAGGCUUUUGACUGAUUUAUUAUUUGCACUGGAAACAGAUGUACAUGUUUGGAGAAGCCAUUCUACUAAAUCAGUAAUGGACUUCGUCAACAGCAAUGAGAACAUUAUUUUUGUACACAAUACAAUUCACCUGAUUUCCCAGAUGGUAGACAACAUUAUUAUCGCUUGUGGUGGAAUUUUACCAUUGCUUUCGGCUGCCACUUCUCCUACUGGUUCUAAGGUUAGUACUGCUGCUACGGAGUUGGAAAAUAUUGAAGUGACACAAGGGAUGUCAUCAGAAACUGCAGUGACCUUCCUCAGUCGUCUUAUGGCUAUGGUUGAUGUACUGGUAUUUGCUAGUUCUCUCAAUUUCAGUGAAAUUGAAGCAGAAAAAAAUAUGUCUUCUGGAGGCUUAAUGCGACAGUGCCUCAGGCUUGUUUGUUGUGUUGCCGUGAGGAACUGUUUAGAAUGCCGACAAAGACAGAGGGACAGGACAACCAAAAGUCUAAUCAUUAAUAAAACUCAGGAAAACUUGCAGAACAUAACUGCUGCAUCUGUAAAUAAGUUGCCCCUUGAAAGUACUCCUGGUAAUCUUUCUCCCAUUAAAGAUCCUGAUCGACUUCUUCAAGAUGUGGAUAUUAAUCGACUGAGAGCAGUAGUCUUCAGGGAUGUGGAUGACAGCAAGCAAGCUCAGUUUUUGGCUUUGGCUGUUGUCUAUUUUAUAUCUGUAUUGAUGGUGUCAAAGUACAGAGAUAUAUUGGAACCUCAGAGAGAGACUGCAAGAUCAGUCAACCAGCAGUCAGUUAGAAACAUUCGACAAGAAAUAAACUCACCUACAAGUACAGAGACCCCUACAUUAUUUUCAGAAUCAAAUAAAGAAAAAGAUGUAGCAAUACCAGUUGACGAUAUUCCUUUGGAGAGCUCACUUCCCCACACUGAUUCUGGGAUUGGUGAAGAACAAGUGUCCACAAUCAUGAAUGGAGCUGACCUGGAUGCCAGCCCAGGCCCAGAUGCCAUGAGCGAAUUACUAUCUACCUUGUCCUCGGAGGUUAAAAAGUCAGAAGAAAGUUUAACUGAAUGUCCAAGUGAAGUACUGAAACCAGCUUCAUCCCUGUCAAACUUAAACCAAAGCAAAGGCAUUAAUGUGAAAGAAAUUCUUAAAAGCUUGGUGGCAGCCCCUGUUGAAAUUGUAGAUCUAGGGCCAGAACCUGUUCCCUAUCCAGAUCCUGCUUUGAAGAGGGAAACCCAGAGUAUUCUUCCUAUGCAGUUUCACUCAUUUGACAGGUAUUUAUCAUCCGUUUACUGUUAUAUUGCUGUGUACAGUAUAGUAUUCUGCCGCAAAAAUAAAAAGCACACCAUUUACCCAGGAACACAAUCAUUUGAAAGUGUGUCUGUCACGUCAGACAUGGACCUCGAUGACUCAGAAGGGUCCCUAAAGUCGCCCUCUGAGGAAGUCUCCUUUGCAGUCAUCCUAGAGAUCCUUAAACAGAGAAGCGGCUGGAAACCCAUCACCUCUUUUGAUGAGGACUUUGUUUACCUGAAGGCUUUCAGGUCUCGCCCUUCCACCACUUGGAUGUCUCCACCUUUUAACGAACUCAUGGAACUAGUUUGUCGAAAGGAGUGGAAGUCUCCAGACACAGUGGAGCCUGUCCCUAGGAGGCCAAAUAAAUUUAGCAUUUCCCCAGAAGAUGAAACUUUUCUGACUAAAGGUGGUGGUGGCGGCAGCUACCAAGAAGGAGUUUUCGGAAACGUCCACAUCUGUUCAUCCCCCGAGCAAAGACUCGCACACGAUGGACAGAUAUGGAAAGCACAUGUUUUCUUUAGUGACCUUUAUACUCAGCGGGUGUGGAAGGAUACAGAUACCAUCGAGCACAUUCCUAAAAGACCUGAUAAGAUGCUUUCUGCUCCCGACAAUAAACAGUUUUGGGUCAGGGAGUUAGUUGUAGAUGCUAUGGUUGUAACAGCUGCCACUAAAAAGGAAUUCGCUGAGGAGAGUUCCUCUCUCCUUCUGCCCAACAGGGAGUUUCUGGCUAUGAACAUAUUUGGGAAGUGGGUCUAUGCUUCAUCGACCUUCACUAUAAAGUCCUUCAAUUUUUUGGCACAUUUCACCAGAGUCCAAUGGGAUCUGAUUAAAGAGUUGUCAGACACCCUGGCGGGAGCUGUAGCUGUGCGAGUCCAAGAGAAAAUGGCUUCCCAGUUAGCUACCCUGAAGUCUGUGUCCAACUUGUCCAUGAGACUGAGCGCUCAUAUAGCCGAAGGGACAUCUACAGCAGCAGUUUUGAGAGUUUACAUGUCAUCCAGAAAAGGGAAAUGUCAGUGUGGGAAGCAGAUUCUACAUAAGGAUUGUCAUGAGCAGUGUCUCUUCUGUUUGGGUGCUUCUCAAGACCAUAAGCAGUGUUUUCUGUGCCAAGCGUUUGUCCCCAAGACCCUGCAUAGUCUUCUCUCCUCUUUCUCCAUUUACCUGGAGAACCAACAUUUUAAAUUGUUGGCGCAGGGUGCUAUGGCGGAAUCUUCCUGUCCUGAAAGUCAGCUGCCUGCCAAGAAGGCCAGAAGAGUUGGGUCUGAUUCGAUUGCUGUCCUGCCUCCUCCUGGUGUCUGUCUCGAGGAUGGUGAAAGUCUGGAGGAUUGCCUGGUGGUUGUUUUGUUUUCCUCUGCCACGACUAUAUUGGAGGCCGGCAUGGAUCCAACUUCAUGCAUGUCCUCGGAGGCUCUGCAGGUGUCUGUUUCAGAUGUUGAAGAGGAACCUCCACUGAUUAUUUCAGAGGGAAUGAGGGGGAUUCCACAGAUACUGGUUCAGGAAGAGAUUCCUACUAUGUUAAUUGAGUGUAGGCAAGGGUCUGAUCCUCAUGGGGUUUUUAGGGUAGAUGACCCUCAAAAGAAAAGGCAAAAACUUACAAUAGGUGCAACCGAUUCUGCUUCUUCCUCAUCUUCAUCUUCCAGUUUUGUUAAUGGUGCCACUAGUAAAAAUCUUCCAGCUGUUCAGACUGUCGCUCCAAUGCCAGAGGACUCCGCAGAAAAUAUGAGCUGGGUGGACUGCAGCGCUGAAAGGCCAAGUGAGUUGCGAAAGGUUACACACAUCACUGCUAAACUAGAAAGAGCUUUAGAAAAAGUUGCUCCUCUUCUGCGAGAAAUUUUCGUCGACUUUGCCCCUUUCCUUUCUCGCACACUCCUUGGAAGCCAUGGACAAGAGCUGUUGAUUGAAGGCCUGGUGUGUAUGAAAUCGAGUACUUCAGUGGUUGAACUAGUCAUGCUGCUGUGUUCUCAGGAAUGGCAGAAUUCAAUUCAAAAGAAUGCAGGACUUGCAUUUAUUGAGUUAAUCAAUGAAGGAAGGUUAUUGUGCCAUGCUAUGAAAGAUCAUAUUGUGCGUGUUGCAAAUGAAGCAGAAUUUAUUCUAAACAGACAGAGAGCUGAAGAUGUUCAUAAACAUGCCGAGUUUGAGUCACAAUGUGCUCAGUAUGCCGCUGACAGAAGGGAGGAAGAGAAGAUGUGUGACCACCUUAUCAGCGCUGCUAAACAUCGGGAUCAUGUAACAGCAAACCAGUUGAAGCAAAAGAUCCUUAACAUUUUGACAAAUAAACAUGGUGCCUGGGGAGCAGUGUCUUUAAGCCAGCAGCUUGAUUUUUGGCGCCUAGACUACUGGGAAGAUGACCUGCGUCGGCGGCGUAGGUUUGUACGAAACCCCUUUGGAUCUACACACCCUGAUGUCACGUUGAAGUCUGCAGUUGACUAUGAAACUGAAGAAGAUGUUGUAAAAUCAAAGAAAACGUUCCGAAGCCAUGCUGUAGUAAAUCAGAAUGCAGAGACAGAGCUUAUGUUGGAAGGAGAUGAUGACUCAGUUAGCCUACUACAAGAGAAGGAGAUGGACAAUCUUGCUGCUCAUUUUAUUCCCAGAAUUUUCACCUCAAGAGGGCCUGUUGUGUUGAGCAGCCCAGCCCAGCUUAUCGCCCCUGUAGUUGUCGCUAGAGGAACCCUUUCUAUCACAACAACUGAGAUCUAUUUUGAAGUCGAUGAAGAUGACCCUGCCUUCAAAAAAAUUGAUCCCAAAGUUCUUUCAUACACAGAAGGUCUUCAUGGAAAAUGGAUGUUCAGCGAAAUCCGAGCUGUAUUUUCAAGACGCUAUCUUCUCCAAAACACUGGUCUGGAAGUGUUUAUGGCCAACCGGACUUCAGUCAUGUUUAAUUUCCCCGACCAGGCCACAGUAAAGAAAGUUGUAUACAGCCUACCCCGAGUUGGAGUUGGAACCAGCUAUGGCUUGCCUCAAGCUAGGCGAAUAUCGUUGGCCACUCCCCGACAGCUCUUUAAGUCUUCCAACAUGACUCAGCGCUGGCAACGAAGGGAAAUUUCCAACUUUGAGUAUCUGAUGUUUCUUAACACCAUAGCAGGGCGUACUUACAAUGACUUAAACCAGUAUCCUGUGUUUCCAUGGGUUUUAACAAACUACGAAUCAGAAGAGCUGGAUUUGACCCUACCAGGCAACUUUAGGGACCUCUCAAAGCCUGUUGGAGCACUGAACCCCAAACGAGCUGUUUUUUAUGCUGAGCGCUAUGAAACAUGGGAAGAUGAUCAAACCCCACCUUAUCACUACAACACCCACUAUUCAACAGCUUCCUCUACCCUGGCGUGGCUUGUAAGAAUUGAGCCCUUCACUACAUUUUUUCUCAAUGCAAAUGAAGGAAAAUUUGAUCAUCCAGAUCGGGCAUUCUCAUCAGUGGCAAGAUCAUGGCGAAACUGCCAGAGAGACACGUCUGACGUAAAGGAGCUCAUUCCAGAGUUUUACUACUUACCAGAAAUGUUUGUGAACAGUAACGGGUAUGCUUUGGGUGCCAGAGAAGAUGGUACUCCAGUGGCAGAUGUUGAGCUGUCUCCGUGGGCCAAAAAACCAGAAGACUUUGUGCGGAUCAACAGAAUGGCUCUGGAGAGUGAGUUUGUCUCUUGCCAGCUACAUCAGUGGAUCGACCUAAUUUUUGGCUAUAAGCAGCGAGGACCAGAGGCUGUUCGGGCCCUAAAUGUCUUUCAUUACCUCACUUAUGAGGGUUCUGUGAAUCUGGACAGCAUCUCUGAUCCGGUGCUUCGGGAGGCUAUGGAGGCGCAGAUACAGAAGUUUGGACAGACGCCAUCUCAGUUGCUCAUUGAACCUCAUCCGCCUCGAAGCUCAGCCAUGCACCUGUGUUUCCUUCCACAGAGCCCACUCAUGUUUAAGGACCAGAUGCAACAGGACGUUAUCAUGGUGCUAAAAUUUCCCUCCAAUUCUCCUGUUACCCAUGUUGCUGCAAAUACCUUGCCUCACCUCACUGUUCCUGCAGUGGUAACUGUUACUUGCAGCAGACUGUUUGCUGUCAACAGAUGGCACAACACUGUAGGCCUCAGGGGAGCACCAGGAUAUUCAUUGGAUCAGGCUCACCAUCUUCCCAUUGAAAUGGAUCCUUUAAUUGCCAAUAACUCAGGCGUGAACAAAAGACAGAUCACGGACCUUGUAGACCAAAGCAUCCAGAUCAAUGCGCACUGUUUUGUUGUAACUGCAGACAAUCGCUACAUAUUAAUUUGUGGUUUCUGGGACAAGAGUUUUCGAGUUUAUUCUACAGAAACCGGAAAAUUGACACAGAUAGUGUUUGGCCACUGGGAUGUAGUUACAUGCCUUGCCAGAUCAGAGUCUUACAUUGGCGGUGACUGCUAUAUUGUGUCUGGGUCUCGGGAUGCUACUCUACUUUUGUGGUACUGGAGUGGUCGACACCAUAUCAUAGGAGACAACCCUAAUAACAGUGAUUAUCCUGCCCCUAGGGCAGUCCUCACGGGUCAUGACCAUGAGGUCGUCUGUGUUUCAGUGUGCGCAGAGCUGGGACUUGUCAUCAGUGGAGCAAAAGAGGGUCCCUGUCUGGUGCAUACGAUCACAGGGGACCUUCUCCGAGCGUUGGAAGGACCAGAAAACUGUCUGUAUCCUCGUUUGAUCUCUGUAUCCAGUGAGGGCCAUUGUAUUAUUUAUUAUGAGCGUGGAAGAUUCUGUAACUUCAGCAUCAAUGGCAAGCUUUUAGCUCAGAUGGAGGUCAACGACUCAACCAGAGCUUUGCUGUUGAGCAGUGAUGGACAGAACCUUGUCACCGGUGGUGACAAUGGCGUGGUAGAAGUUUGGCAAGCCUGUGACUUUAAACAGCUGUACAUCUACCCUGGCUGUGAUGCUGGCAUUAGGGCAAUGGAUUUAUCUCAUGAUCAGAGGACUCUGAUAACUGGCAUGGCUUCUGGUAGUAUUGUAGCUUUCAACAUAGACUUCAAUCGUUGGCACUAUGAGCAUCAGAACAGAUACUGAAGCAGAUGGACAUGUGGAAAGCUGAAUUCAUGCUGAGAGCACAAGUGCUACAGUGACCGUUUUUAUCUGUCGCGGAGGAGACAACUUGACUGCAUUGGCCUCCGCUGUACAUUCCAUUACACCCAGCAAUAGCUGCACAUUGUAGUCAGCAACCAUUAUACUUGUGUGUUUUUCACAACCGAGCACCAGCUGCUACAAAUUAAGCUUGUAUCAUGUAAAUUGUAAGAAUUCUGAGAUGUUUUGGUAACUAUUAUUUCAGAUAUCUCUAUUUAUUGAAAACAGAAUUGUAAAAGAAAUCAAAUGAAAGACUUUUCGGAUUUCUGAGGAACUAUGUCCAGUUAUGAUGUUUUAGGCUACAAAGCUAGACUGCAUCCCAUUUCCAGCCACUUUUCAAGCUGUGGCAAAAUAAAUAAAUAAAUAAAUAAAUGAGUAAAUUGAUACUUUGUACUUCAGAUGCACAUCUUAACUUUAAAGGGAUACUUUUGUAAAAGUACAACCUUCUAUAAAGAACAAAAUGUUUCUUAAGCCACUGCGGAAUUGCAUAUCGCAUGUGAUGUAUACUUGGAAUGACGAUACAGCAGGUAUAUGAGGUAAAAGUCAUCUGUCAGAAGGCUGCAGCUUGGUCUGAAGGUUUGAAAGUAGGUUUUUAAGUAAUUUCCUCAUUUUUCAUUCAUAUCAGCUUUUGCUUUUUUUUUUCUUUAGCCCAGAGCCCUUCUGAUUUACAAAUAUCAGUGCUUUCAUUUAAGUAAAUUAAUGUUUACAGAGGUUUGUUCUGUGUCAGACUAGAUUCUGUAAACAGACAAUUCAGCAGUGCCCCUAGUGUUCUAUAAACUUUGCCUUGUGUGUGCGAGAUAGGAUGGGAGAACAGAAUUGGGUUAGACCGACAUUCAAGAACAUAAUUUACAUUUCAUCAGUUUGUUGGAAACCUCCCCAAUGUAUCUGUUAGUCUGUUCUUGACCUUUCUCUGAAUACCCAACUGUUCUUAAAUUGUGUAACCCAAUUAAUUUGCAGUACUGAAAAGUGUCUUGAUUUCCUUUGCCUAUUGUUUUAAGUUACUGUCUUUUUUUUUUAUAAGUGGUUGUAGAACAGCCUAUGUGGCUCUUCAACAUAUGUUUACCAUAGCCAUAAUUCCCUGUUUGGCUAAGGCACAAGCAGUUUUUUUUUGUUUUGUUUUUAAAGUACUGGUAUACAAGCUUUAUACAAUUUUUCUGCACAGUAUAUUUAUUAUAAUAUACAUGCGGAGGUAGAAACACUUUGCUUCAUAUUUCUUUGUAUAUUUAGAAACUGUAUUGUCAUAGAUGUACAUAUUGUGUCAGUAGGGCUAUGAGGCAUGUAACAGGAAUGUAAUUUUCUCAUUUUACACUCAGUUGCAGUCAGUUAUUUAAAAGAAAUACGUAAUGGAUUAUUUGUAUCAGCACUUUGCACCAGAAACAUAUCAUUAUUUAUUGACGUGAUUCUACUUCUUUGUCCUCCACCUUGUAUUAGUAAGUUUUAGCACUGAAUUGUUUGUAUUUAAAAAUUAUGGAAUCACAGGCAGUUGACGUACUGAUUAAUUUAUUCAUCACAGGUCUAUAAAUGAUUUCUUGAGUUUGUAGCUUAGAACUGGGGAGGGGGGAUUCUGAACAUCUGGAAUAAAGGUACGUUUCAUCUGGAUAUCAUGGUGAAAUAUUUUGGAUAUAUAAAUUCCUUAAUCUAUUGUAACCAUGUUUUAUUGCAAAGAUGUAAAAUAUGCCAGAUGUGUGUGUGAGUUGGAAAUCAAAACGAAAAUAAAAUAUGCAAAGAA